CGUGCCGCGCCGCUCCAUCCCCGGAGCCGCGGACCGGCGUCCGGGAGCGAUCGGCGCUCCGCGGGUCGGUCCGCCUCCUCCGGGCAGGAUGGUGGACUUGGACAGCGAGGUGCCCCCGCUGCCGCCGCGGUACCGCUUCCGAGAUCUGCUGCUGGGCGACCAGGGCUGGCAGAGCGACGACAGGGUGCAAGUUGAAUUCUAUAUGAAUGAAAACACAUUUAAAGAGAGACUAAAACUCUUCUUCAUCAAAAACCAAAGAUCAAGUCUGAGAAUACGGUUAUUCAAUUUUUCACUUAAGCUAUUAAGCUGUUUCUUAUACAUAAUUCGUGUGCUUCUGGAUGACCCUACACAAGGACAUGGAUGUAAGGAAUUAAACCGGGAUUGUUACAAUCAAAAUUACACACCUGGAACAAUUGAUUGGUCUCCUAUUAUUUGGGUGAAUCGAAGUUUGCCUUUAUGGGGAUUACAGGUUUCAGUGGCUUUAAUAAGUCUCUUUGAAACACUAUUGCUGAGUUAUCUUAGCUACAAGGGAAAUAUCUGGGAACAAAUUCUGCGAAUACCCUUCCUCCUGGAAAUAAUAAAUGCUGUCCCUUUCAUCAUUACGAUUUUCUGGCCAGUCCUAAGAAACCUGUUUAUUCCUGUUUUUUUAAACUGUUGGCUAGCAAAGCAUGCUUUGGAGAAUAUGAUUAAUGAUCUUCACAGAGCCAUCCAACGUACACAGUCUGCAAUGUUUAACCAAGUCCUCAUUUUAAUAUCCACCUUACUGUGUCUUAUCUUCACUUGUAUUUGUGGAAUUCAACAUCUGGAACGAGCAGGAAACAAGUUGACUCUCUUUGACUCCCUUUAUUUCUGCAUAGUGACAUUUUCCACUGUGGGCUUUGGGGAUGUUACACCUAAGAUAUGGCCUUCAAAGCUGCUUGUUGUCAUUAUGAUCUGUGUUGCUCUUGUGGUGUUGCCCAUACAGUUUGAACAGCUGGCUUAUUUGUGGAUGGAGAGACAGAAGUCCGGUGGCAACUACAGUCGACACAGAGCUCAGACGGAAAAACAUGUUGUGCUGUGUGUCAGCUCUCUGAAGAUUGAUUUACUUAUGGAUUUCUUAAAUGAAUUCUAUGCUCACCCUAGGCUGCAGGACUAUUAUGUUGUUAUUUUGUGUCCUACUGAAAUGGAUGCUCAGGUCCGGAGAGUGUUACAAAUCCCGAUGUGGUCUCAAAGAGUUAUCUAUCUCCAAGGCUCAGCACUAAAAGAUCAAGACCUGUUGAGAGCAAAAAUGGAUGAUGCUGAAGCUUGUUUCAUUCUAAGUAGCCGCUGUGAGGUGGACAGAACAGCAGCUGAUCAUCAAACCAUUUUAAGAGCAUGGGCUGUUAAAGACUUUGCCCCGAACUGCCCUUUGUAUGUCCAAAUACUGAAACCUGAGAAUAAAUUCCAUAUCAAGUUUGCAGAUCAUGUUGUGUGUGAAGAAGAAUUCAAAUAUGCUAUGCUAGCUCUAAACUGUAUAUGUCCAGCUACCUCUACAUUAAUCACACUGCUGGUUCAUACCUCCAGGGGACAAACGGCACCAUGGGAAGCUUUUCGACAACUAACUGGAACCAAGCAGACUCUGAACAGAGAGAGUCAGCAAUCAUCAGAACAGUGGCAGAAAAUGUAUGGCAGAUGCUCUGGUAAUGAAGUGUUUCACAUUAACCUGGAAGAAAGUACUUUUUUUGCUGAGUAUGAGGGGAAAAGCUUCACAUAUGCUUCUUUCCAUGCACAUAAAAAGUUUGGAGUCUGUCUGAUUGGUGUUAGAAAGGAAGAUAACAAAAACAUUUUGCUGAAUCCAGGUCCUCGGUAUAUCAUGAGUUCUACAGAUAUAUGCUUUUAUAUAAAUAUCACCAAAGAAGAGAAUUCUGCUUUCAAGAAGCAAGAAAAACACAGAAAAAGACAUGAAUCAAAAUUAUCUUAUCAUGGAGCUUCUAGGUUGCCUGUACACAGUAUAAUAGCCAGCAUGGGAACUGUGGCUAUCGAUUUACAAGACACAGGAUGCCGAACGUCCAGCGGACCUACACUAGCUCUUCCUUCCGAGGGAGGCAAAGAGGGCAGACGGCCCAGUAUAGCACCUGUUCUGGAGGUUGCAGACUCAUCCUCGCUUCAGGCAUGCGACCUACUAAGUGACCAGUCAGAAGAUGAAACCACUCCAUCCGAUGAUGAAGUCUCUGCAGGCUUAGAGUAUGCCAAAGGCUAUCCUCCUUACUCUCCUUACAUUGGAAGUUCUCCCACAUUUUGUCAUCUUCUGCAUGAAAAAGUACCCUUCUGUUGUCUAAGACUAGAUAAGGGGUGCCAGCAUAACUACUACGAAGAUGCCAAAGCCUAUGGAUUCAAAAAUAAAUUGAUUAUUGUUGCAGCAGAAACUGCUGGAAAUGGCUUAUAUAAUUUUAUUGUUCCACUUAGAGCUUAUUACAGACCGAAAAAAGAACUCAAUCCCAUUGUAUUACUCCUGGAUAACCCCCUAGAUGACUUAUUAAGAUGUGGGAUCACCUUUGCAGCUAAUAUGGUGGUGGUGGACAAAGAAAGUACAAUGAGUGCUGAGGAAGACUACAUGGCAGAUGCUAAGACUAUUGUAAAUGUUCAAACACUCUUCAGGUUGUUCUCAAGCCUAAGCAUUAUCACAGAACUAACUCACCCCGCCAAUAUGAGAUUCAUGCAAUUCAGAGCCAAAGACUGCUAUUCUCUUGCUUUAUCCAAAUUGGAAAAGAAAGAACGGGAGAAGGGAUCUAAUUUAGCAUUUAUGUUUCGACUGCCCUUCGCCGCUGGCAGGGUUUUCAGCAUCAGUAUGUUGGACACACUGCUGUACCAGUCAUUUGUGAAAGAUUAUAUGAUCUCUAUCACAAGACUUCUCCUGGGACUUGAUACAACACCAGGAUCUGGGUUUCUUUGUUCAAUGAAAAUCACAGAAGAGGAUUUAUGGAUUAGGACAUAUGCCAGACUAUAUCAGAAACUUUGUUCUUCUACAGGAGACAUUCCAAUUGGAGUCUACAGGACAGAAUCCCAAAAGCUUACAACGUCUGAAUCUCAAAUCUCUAUCAGCGUAGAAGAAUGGGAAGACACUAAAGACACCAGGGAACAGGUUAAUUACCGUAGUAAUCAUCGUAACUCAACAUCUAGUGAUCAGUCCGACCACCCCUUGUUACGACGAAAAAGCAUGCAGUGGGCUCGACGGCUGAGCCGAAGAGUACCGAGACACUCCGGUAAAACAGCUGAGAGGAUAAACCAGCAGCGAAUGAACCUUUACAGGAGGUCAGAAAGACAGGAACUUGCUGAACUUGUGAAAAACAGAAUGAAACAUCUGGGCCUUUCUCCAGCAGGAUAUGAUGAAAUGAAUGAUCAUCAGAACAACCUUUCUUACAUCCUGAUCAAUCCUUCUCCAGAUACAAGAUUAGAGCUGAAUGAUAUAGUAUACUUGAUCCGACCUGAUCCAUUGGCUUAUGUUCCAAACACAGCAUCCAGCCGAAAAGACAGCUUCUGCAAUACAGUGGGACAAGAUACCAGAGAGGAAACACAACUUUGAUAUGUAAUUCAACAAAACUAACAAUUUAAUACAUAUAGUUUCCUCUAAUCAUUUUGAAAACUAAGUGGUACGUUUUAUUCAGUUUUUGGAAACAAAGUGACAGUGGGUAAGUCACUAAUUUUAGAAAAACAUGGUCUCUAGAAACUCGUAUGAGUUUCCUAAUGAUUGUCAAGCUUGUAGCCUGUUCAACAUUGUAGUUGAACUUCAGAUUAGCAGAAAACUGUUAUGAUUUAACCAACAUGAAGAAAUGAUUAAAGAAGCAAGAGAUUCCAAAAUGUUUCACUUAGAAGCUUCUAAGUAUAUCUAUAAAGGUGGCAGCAUGUCAGCAAAUAAGCUCCCGACAUACAUCAUAAAAGAUUAUCUGAUGUCCAUUAAGGGAUCAUGUGUAUGUAGCAGAAAAUAAGUUAAUAUUUAAAGCUGCCAAAGAGGCUGUUUGUGCCAAGAAUACAACCUCUGAGAUAAUUUUCAAGCUUAACUUGUCACCCUUUUAUAUUUGAACAGCCUCGUUUCACUCCCAUUAUGGCCUCUAGGACUUGAAUGUUUGCUCUGUGAGUUUACAGAUGACACAGCUUAGUCACGCUGUAGAGGUUGACCUGAGGCACAUCUACUGAAAAAUUGGCUCAGAGAAGCCCAAUAUCUCACAGAGGCAUUUCAAAAAGGAACAGUUGAUAGAGCAAGUGAAGCAGAACCUUUGAAGGAAUUAUAUAAAAGCAGCCCUUCACAUUUGCAAAAAUCUGGUAAGAAUACACGAAGCUACAAACAGUGGUAGCUCAGAUGAAAAAUCAGUCAUUUAACAUGAGUUAACAUGGCAGUCACAGAAUGGCUUGGUUGAAAGGGAACUUAAUUAUCAUCAAGUUCCAAUCUACCUGCCAUAAGGAGGGUUGCCAUCCACUAAAUCAAGUGGGUAGUAAGACGACUCAGUGGAUGAUGCCGAAUGCAAGUGUUUCUCUAGGGAGCAACUAAAACCACAGAUCCUUCCCACUCCCAUGGAGAUGCCAGAACUCCAACUGUUCAAACUACAAACACACCCAAUUCAUAUUACCCAAAUAUGAUACUUGUUCAUAUGAAAUUACAUAUCUUAAUGAAAAUGAGAAAAGCUUAUGAUCUAUUCCACAAAUGAAUAGAACACUACAUUAAAUGGAUUUGAAGGCUUUGGCAUUAAAAACGCAAGAAAGCAUCUACAGCAUACGAAGCAUCUGAAGCUGCUACAGAAUCUCCAGUCUACAUAUACAAGAAUCUAAGAAGUUUUGGUCAAGAAUUCAUAGAAGUAAACAUAGCUGUACAUGAUCUUCAAAACAUUCUUGCUUUGCCAUCAAUCAUGAAAGGGGAAGAAGGUCCUUAAGGUUCAAACCAUCCUGCUACGCAAUCAAUAUAGGACUGUUACAACAUAACUGACAUGUGGACUGAAGUGGCAAAACUGAUAAUUCUUUGAAUUCCCUUGAGAAAUCCACUCUAAAAACGUUUAUAUUCUCUUUUUAUUAUUUGGAAAAAAAGCAUAGCUGAUAUUGUUCUGAAAAAUAAAGUGCCAAGCAAGUAUGCUUAUCAGUACUGCAAGAACGUUAAAAAUCACAUUACAUUCCUAUUAGAAAUAACACUAUUAUAUACACUAUUAUAAGAAGUCUGCUAUUAUUCCUUCUCUUUCUCUUAAUUCUUCUAAAACUAAACUGUAAGAAAUUAGAGGUCUUAGAGCAGACCAAAGUAAUCAGAAAGUCUGCACACAAACACUAGAAUCUCAUUUUUAAGAGGAGAAGGUAGCUGAAAAGAGGAGUUUCUCAGCUUUUUUUUUUUUUUGUAUUGACAUAUUCAAGUAGCAGCAGGGUUCAGAAUAGUAUCUGUGACUCUAUAUAAAGCCCAGUGUUUUUACUCACACACAAUUUAUUAAAUUAUUAAAUUCUGAAGAGAAAGUAUUUUGAAUGUUUUCCCCAGGGACUUUGGGGAAAAGGGAUGUAACAAUUGAAACAAUUGCUCACACCAUCUCUUAGACAGAAUCUUGUCCAGACUGCACCACAGAAACUAUCACAUAGAAACAAUUGUGUUUGUAAAAUGAAUAGCCAUCUAUUUUUAAUACCUUCAGUGAGAAGACUAUUCCAGUUGUAUAAUGCCAAGAAAGAGAAGUUUUAUAAGAUGUUCUCUCCAAAAUAUUAGAACAAUUCUGUGUUUCAUACUGAAGGUCUUUCUAACACAGCCUCAAGUAGGCAAACAAUUUCAGAAACAUGCCUAGUAUUCACAACCAGCAAGCUACUCUGCCUUUCACAUAGUAUAUCCCAUAGUCAUCCAAUCCAGACAUUAUCUGUACAUUGCCUGAAGUAACAGCAACAGAUUUAAAGACUCUCUGCCACAAGAAUAGUUAGGGCUCCAUGCCUGGCAUUUACCAUCCUAUAAACAAGUAGAAAUAAGUAGUCAGGUAUAUCCAUUUUUCUACAUAACUCGGUGGAACAGUAGCAUCUAUUGGCACUUGAUAUUUACUAGACUUGAUGGAUUUUUAAUUGCUCAUUAGCCCUAGAAGAUUUGCUAAAGCAAACAAAAACAGGCGCAGACAACUUGCAGCAUGUCUAAAAUAAAGCAAAGAUAAUCUUUCUGAAUAUAAAUGCAUGGUUCUCUUCAAAUUCUACUGGAAGACGAGCAAGGUAAAAGCUAGCAGCUUCUUUUGAGACAAUUCUAAUAACACAUUGAUGAUGCACUGCUCUAUUCUGUAAUUCUAGAUGUGCAACUUUUCAUACUGGAAGCAGAACAGCUUUGCUUCCCCAGGCACAUCUUCAGACCCCAUUCUAGUGGGAUUUAAGCCUUUCAAGAACCAUAUUGAGUACUCUACAUUAGCACUGAAUGAGAUAGCACGCAUAUUCCUUGGUGACCCGGCAGGCAGUUCUUUGAGGAUCACUCUACAGGCAAUUUUGUGUUCACAUGCUUCUUGCUAAAAUUAUCAGCAAUAUAAUAUAGCUGGACUGGAGACCAGGUUGAGAAACAGUAACAUCCAUGCUCAGUGCUAGAGGAGGGAUGACAAAGCUUCGCAGUCAUUGGGUCCAGAAGACUUGAACAGAGUUGUGUUUGAUGACAAUUCAUUCAGUGAAUACAGGGAUUAAACUUACGAUCAUUUACAAAAGCAAGUGAUUAAAUUCUAAAUCGUCAGAAGCCAGAUGGCCAAAUAACAUUUUUUUCCCUCUCAAUCAAAGAAAACAGCAGAUUUCAGUCUAUAUUUAACUGUAUGUACUUUUUUCUUCUCUUUGUAACUCAUACUUAACAGUAAAUCAGACAUGCUCUCUUUACCUGACACUUCCUUGAACAACUACCAGAAAAUUUGGAAGUCAAAAUCCCAGUAAAGGUGAUAGCACAUAACUACUACCUUAUCAGAAGUGUCUUCUCCAAAGGGACGAAACAUGUUAUUUAUUCUACAAUAAAAAGUCACAAUAAGUAUCACAAUAAGUGGAAUACAUUUUGUUUCCUUUACUGUUUCACUCUAGUUCCAGAACACACACUAACACAACUUGAGUUCUCAAAAUCUGCAGUAGUGUGAGUUAAUGGAGUUCUCAUUUUAAUUUCCAAGUCAAAGUGUUAUAACUUCCUUCACCCACAGCUUCCUACCUUUGUAGCAAAUCGUAUACUUCAAAGUAUUUAAGUUACUGAAGACUUCUUAUACAUCUGUUUACUACUGCAUCAAUAAAAUGCAAAAUAAAUAGUUUUUGGGUUUCUGCUUUGGAGGAAAACUGAAGUAACAUAAAAUGCACCAAAAAUAACACAAUUCCAUAGUUUCUAGGCAGUAAGUACUGAAAACAAGCAUUUUGUACAUUUGAAGCACUGAUGUAUGAGGUUUUGAUGCACUGAAUUCUACUUGAUAUCUGAAAGAAAUCAGUCAUUACAAUCCCAAAAUGAGUUAAUAAAAACAAGCAGUACUACAUAAUAACAUCAAGUAAACAAGAUUAUUUAGAAAUCUAUUUUUGAGCUAGAGGCAUAAAUGCAGAAAUCUGCUUAAAAUAUUAUGCAUAUUCUUCAUAUGAUGCACUAGAAAACAGACAUACAUUGAAUGUUCGUCUAAAGGACUGCACUUUAACUUUUUGACCGCUAUUUCGUUUGCUUGAUGCAGAACAUACAUUAAAGGGAGUGCAGAGAAGUAAUUAACACUAUGAAAGAUGACUAAGACCUUGCUGAUCAUCAUCUUUAGAGGUUACCAAAAAUACUAACGAACUAUACAAGAAAAUCAUCAUUAUUGUCUAUACUAGUGACGCGAUGAUGCUGUCAAGUAAUGGAAGUUGAACACAAGUACGAACUCCCACAGACUCAAGAAGCUUAAGAAGGAAAAUCUUUCUGCUUCACAAAGUAAAAAACAAGAAUCUGAAGUUUCUUCAAACUAGUUUUCAAUUUAUUAUGUAAAAUUUGGAUACUUGCUAGCACUAUAAAGUAGGAUAAGUUUCUCUAAACUUUUUUUCUUCUCAGAUAAAGAAAAAUAAAGAGCAAGGGAUAUUUAUUCUCACUCCCUUCUUUCCCUUAAAGGCAGACUCAACAACUGUCAGAUAUUCAUUGGAGAAACAUAAAGCAAUUGCCAUUCUCUUUGUCAACAAGAAAAGCUGACUUUCUCCUGCUCUUCCUUAUCUAACUAUCAAAAAAAAAAAAAAAAGAAAAUAUGUUGAAAGGAAUAAGGACGUAUCCUGAGGAGAGUCUUGUCUACCCAGAAUUUUUGUCACCACUUAGGUGAACUCCACACAUGCAAAGCAACAUAACCCGAGAUAUUCCAUGCCAUAAGAAUGCUAUCUUCUUUAAAAUAAGGUACUGUUUAAUGCAUUUUCUCAACAAGAUAAUCUAGGAAGUGUUAAGUGUAUAAUAUCUAUGUCAGCUUGUUCAAUUUUCAGAUUCCCAUUAGCUACAGUAUACUAAAGGACAUGAACUCGAGUAUUCUGAAUAUUAGCUAUCAAUGAACAAAGAAUGGAAGUUGCAGCAAAACUCUCAGCAAACAGGAUAAAAUAGAGGACAGAGUGGAGAUGUGCCAGUCCUCAGAAAGCCCCAAUAAAACUUAGAUGAUCUAAGAAACCACCAUAACCACAAACUAAGACAAUAAAUGCAAAGAGAUCUGAUUUAUAUAGGUACCUAUAUAAAUAUUAGAGAAUGUAGACAUUAAUCCCAAAGCAAGAUACUUAGUAACAGAAACUAGUAGAAUAUGGAAUUGAUUUUAGCCAGCUUGUAAUUUCACUAUUUCAAAUACAGCUACAGUUUCCAUACACAUCCAUACACAUAAGAAUCAGCAGUUAUAUUAUUGAUCCAACUGGUUUGCAUAGAUUAAAGUUCAUUUAUUAUUUUAAUUAAGUUCAUUUUAUAGUUUUAAUAUACAUACUUUAAAUCACAGCUGUGAUUAAAGUAAUCUAAUACAACUCUCAGUGCUAUAAUUGCUACCUCCUACAUCUGUAGGUACGUUUGCAAGUUUUGGGACAGCAAAACAAGAAGGAUAUAUUAGCAUUUUUUUUCAUACUUUUUCCCCGAUUAGGUGGGAAAUCCACUGCCAAUGAAAAGACAUUUUUCUAGAAAACAACUGAACCACGAGAUGCUUUAUUGCAACAACUUUUCCCCAGCGCCAAUGUUAAUUACUCAGUUAUUGGACAGACAGACUGCUGUUCUCUAGAUAGAGGCUUUAAUCAAGAACACAUAUUGCUUAUUGUUCAGUAUUUAUACUAGUCUGCCUUUGAAGUGUUCAAAAAAAUCAACAUUAAACCUUCAUUUCAGCAAAACAGAACUUAGUAAAAACAAUCUGGAGACAGCCUUGUUAUUAAGUGGAGGCAAAAGUAAUGCAUUCCUGUUAGGUGUCUUAAGUCCUGGGAUGUACAGAGGCAGAAAACAAGCUCCACUCUGAGCCAGUCACUUUUACAAAAUUACAUGAGUCUAGUUGAUGCUUUAGACUACUUGGAAGUAGAAAUUCUCAUUGCCAAAAUAAAAAAAGAGUAGUUAAGUCCAGUCUUUCCUCUAGAUUAAUAAGCAGAGAUCACUAAGUUUUUCUACUUUGUACCUGACUCUUGAAGGUAAAGUAGAAGAGAGCUAUGGUUGUCUCUCAAAUGCAUUUAGACUAAGAAAAAACGCAACAGAUUCACAACAGGAGCCAGUUGCAGAACAUUAGUCCUUCAGAAGAAAAUCUUACGAUGUAUACAUGAGCAAGACACCACUUUCUAACACAAGAGAAUUUCCACAGAUGCAUUUUGAACGCUCACAAAUGACUUUGGCCUUGUCUCACUCACAAUGUACCCUUCCUCCAAAGAUAAGCUGUAGUGUUCUAAAGCAAAAGACAUCCAGAAUCCAGAGCAUUUGCAACUGGUUCCAAUCAAGCUCCAGAGUUAAAUUCUUAUGUAGCCCUCCAAUUCAUCUCAGGUGUUAAGUGUUUCCACUAAUAAGCUACAUGAAUUACUCU